AAGAUUUCUGAGUUUGUCUGAGACUUUGCCAUUUUUCAAGCUGUAAGUUCCAUGUCCUGGGAACCCGCCUCAGCGCCAGGCAUACCAGGACAGUGGUCAUCCCAGAGGCAGAAAGGGAGCAGUGGAAUGGAUAGUUAGGAAUCUGGGUACAAUUAAGAUACAUAGACCCUCUACUCAGCCAGUGUAACGUCCCUUAAAGCUGUUCGUAAACUUGCUGUUCAGAAAAACGUAGAGCCAGUUGCUUUGUCACUUUUCACCCUCUGUCUGGGAAAGUGCACAUUCACAUGCGUCAGAAUGUGACUGCAGUGUGUUUGUGAGGUUAUUUUGGCACAGAUGUCUUGUAGGAAUUCAUAGAAUGAGGAACUUUCUAAGGAAAUGAUAAAUUUGAAAAUUUUGCCUUCCUUUUCAUUUAAAAAAAAAACAACAAAAAACUGUUCUGCAGGCAUUAAACAAACCAGUUCUCCAAAGGACAAUCCCACAAUAGGCUUUAAAAAAUACCCCUUGGCUGAACUGCUCAACUUUAGUGACCCACACAACUUUGAGGGGAAAUUUCAUUUCUCAGUGGAAACGGAGCCAUUGAAUCUGUCGUUUGCUUUUCCUUAUUUCUUUAGGAGUUCCUUCCUCUUUUUGUCUUGGAGAGCGUCUCCCUCUCAUUUGGUCUUCUCCUUUUCAUGGAUUGAUGUCUUUAAAAGGCAUGGUGGAGGCCAGCAGGCAUGAGUAGGUGGACUGUGCAGAAGCAAUACUGUGAUUUCAGUGUUAUCUGGGACUGUAUGUUAAAAUGGUGCUUCUAAAUUGAACUCCCAAAGACGUGCAUUAAUGUUUGAAGUAUCAUGAUUUUACUGCAGGUGUUAAUAAACAACCUCACAUUUUGUGAAGAGUGUGUAAAUACAUUUAAAAAUGAUUCAUGUGUACAUUGCUGGUGGUAACAUAGAUCAAAAGAGCCAUUUGAGGGCAGGUUGGCCAUAGAUAGAUGGCCAAAGCAAGGGACACUGAGAGGACCUGAGGCAAUAAACAUCCAAUUGGCCCUCCAUAUCCAUGUUUCUGUAUCUGCAGAUUCCACCAACUGUGGGUUGAAAAUAUUUGGAAAAACCCCCAGAAAGUUCCAGAAAGCUUGAAUUGCUGUAUGCUGGCAACUAUUGUAGUGUUUAUAUUGUAUUAGGUAUUAUAAGUAAACUAGAGAUGAAUUAAAGUAUAUGGGAAGAUGUGUGUAUGUUACAUGCAAAUAUUAUCUUGUUUUAUAUAAGGGACUUGAGCAUCCAGCAGUUUGGUAUCCGAGGGGGUCCCGGAACCAAUCUCCCACGGAUACCCAGGGGCAACUGUACUGGGGUAAAAAGCAGAAUGUAUUACAUUACCCAGCAUUGUAGAUGGGGCCGUAAAUCAAUGUGCCUUCCACUGGGGAAUGGCUAAAUAAAAUGCUGCCAUCUGCAGUACUUACAGCAAGUAGGAUAAAUCUGUAUGAACUAAGAGGAGAAGGUUUGCAAGGCACAUUGUUGAAUGAGAAAAGGAAGUUGCAGGAUGACAGUGCUGCAGUAUGUGAUAUAUAUGUAUUCACAAAAAUGCGAAGAAAAUGAGGACUGAAUCUGAGAACAGUGGUGAGCUUUUAGGGAAGAGCAGAGAAAGGAGGCUUCAGCUUUGUAACUUUUUUUUUUUUUUUUUUACAAGGAGAACACAUCUGUAUGAAAGGAGAAGAUUAGGUUUUAAGUUACCUAUAGUAUAAUAAUUCCAUUUUUAUCCUUCUCCUCCCCCUUCACUUCCUUUUCUUCCUUCUAUGUCUAUGUCUAACAAAAGGAGAGCCAUAUUUAAAUCACAUACAGGUCAUAGGUGCACAGAGUGUGAUGCUUUCAAGAAUUUUUAAAUGCCAGGUGAGGCAUAAAGCCAAGGAGAUCAGAAUGUGGUGGGGGGUGGGUUGGAAGGGAAAAAGUCAGCUUGGGCCAGUGGAAGGGCCAGCAUCCAGCCCCAGCUCUGGGUGACUGCCUCUCUGACCUUGGCCCGCCUGGGAGCCUGUCUGGGUCCUUAAUUGUAUCCCCUUGUAAAACAAGGGAUGGUCUUUAAGAUCUCUCAUUUUUAACUCUUAAAGAUCUGAUUCUUUAAAUGAUUCCAUGGAAAGUUAAGGGCUGUGAUAGUGCAUAGACCCUUGUCCUGAUUCAUUUACUAAUCGAGAGGCAGGUAAAAAGGAGACUUGGCCAUAUUUCCAAGACUGGAGACUGGAUAUCACCUGGGACAGCUGAGGCAUUUUAUCCAAACUCCCACCCCGGGUCACCGGUAGCUCAUAGGCCCCGUCGAGAGGUAACAGGCUCAAAUCCACACUGAAGUCUGAAAGAUGCAAUGAUAUCACUUUAAAGUUGGUAGGAAGGAACUUACAGGUUUGAUCUGUACCUUAAAGUAGGUUCUUGAUUAGGGUGAGAAAGUGGAGAAAGGGUGACCCCGGGGAGAGAUGAGGAAGAGUCCUGCCUUCACGUGGGCCCAGGGGAAGAGGCUGGCCUUGCUGCUGGGAAAGUACUGGGGGCUGGACCGAGUCUAGUCCUCCUCACUGAAACUUUUCUUUUUUAAACCAUUAUUUAGUGCAGGCCUUAUUUUUAAAAAUGAUUAUGCAAGUAAAUUAGUAUGCUCAUUAAUUAAUCUGUGCAGAAAAAAAAUAAGUCAUUGCUUCGUUAAAUCAAGAGAGGAAUAUGGGCGGCUUUCAUUGGCAGUGUUUUAAAAGCUGCUCCCAUGACCAAAGAGGUGGGAAGGAGCCCCCUCAAUGGUUAUUAAAGAAGUUAGUUUGCCUGGUUGUGCAGCUGCAGUUAAAAAAAAGAUGUAUGGCCACAUUCAUCUCCAUUUACACAGGACAUACUGGGAACAAACUGCUUUAUUUCUUGCCCUUUUAUUUGACAUUCAUCUUUUCGUUUUACAUUUCCUCCCCCAGAUCAGCAACGCCUUGUUUUUCAUUUUACCGCCCAUCUGCAUGUGCUUGUUUCGUCAGUAUGCGACAUACUUCAACAGUGGCAUCUACUUAAUCUGGACUCUUUUAGUUGUAGUGGGAAUUGGAUCCGUCUACUUCCAUGCAACCCUUAGUUUCCUGGGUCAGAUGCUUGAUGAACUUGCAAUCCUUUGGGUUCUGAUGUGUGCUCUGGCCAUGUGGUUCCCCAGAAGGUAUCUACCAAAGAUCUUUCGGAACGACAGGGGCAGGUUCAAGGCGGUGGUCUGCGUCCUGUCUGCCGUUACAACAUGCCUGGCGUUCGUCAAGCCCGCCAUCAACAACAUCUCUCUGAUGACCCUGGGCGUCCCUUGCACUGCGCUGCUCAUUGCAGAGCUAAGGAGGUGCGACAACGUGCGUGUAUUUAAGCUGGGCCUCUUCUCCGGCCUCUGGUGGACCCUCGCCCUCUUCUGCUGGAUCAGUGACCGGGCCUUCUGUGAGCUGCUGUCGUCCGUCCACUUUCCCUACCUGCACUGCGUGUGGCACGUCCUCAUCUGCCUGGCCGCCUACCUGGGCUGCGUGUGUUUUGCCUACUUUGAUGCCGCCUCCGAGAUCCCCGAGCAAGGCCCCGUCAUCCGCUUCUGGCCCAGCGAGAAAUGGGCCUUCAUCGGCGUCCCCUACGUGUCCCUUCUGUGCGCCAACAAGAAGUCACCAGUCAAGAUCACGUGACAGCGAGGCAGUGGCUGGCUUCUCUCUUUCUUUCCCUCGUGCACCUAGACUUCACUUGCUUGCCAGAGGGGUUCGCAGAGUCAGGGGUGGGGGUCUGUCUUUUUAGAAUUCUGUUCCCUUGGUUCCAAACAAGUGUGCCUGGACCACCAGGUCUCCCGGUGCGUGGAAGGAGCGGGUGCUUUGCCCUUUCCCAGGAAAGUAAGGGGAUGAGGGGCACUAGGUGUGUCUUCUCGGCGUCACCUCCGGCUGCGGUGCCCGUAGGGCUGUGUCCUUUGUGGUGCUGGCGCAGCAGUCCCGUGGGGGACCCAGCACUGCACGUGCCUCGCUUCCCGGAGAGAGCUCGCUCCAGACCGCGCAGUUCCCAGGUGCUCUGGGAGUGGACUCCUCCUGUCACAGACGGAGCCUGCCUGCGCUGCACAAGACCCUCUGACCGCCUGAUGGGAGACGCCAGCGAUUUUCACUUGGAGAAACUCCUAAAAAUCGAAAGCAAACAGAUGGAGCACACACACAGGGCUUGUGGCUAAGGAGGCUGGUUUUCCCCCUUGCGGCUCAAUAACACAGGUUUUACAUCCGUGUGUGAAUCCUUUUUCUGCUACCUCUGCUGAGAGAUGGAACCUGGACUUAAGAUCGGGGUGAAGCUAAUGAGAAAAACCGUCUAUGCCAAAAAGGACACUCCAUUGUAAGCCAUUCUUGAAGAUGAGCACAAUUUUUCAAUGCUGACAUUGCCCCCACGCCCCAGUAACCUCCAACACACAGAAGAGCUACAGUGUGAGCAUUCCAUAUGUAGACCUCCCCUCACCCCUUUACUGCUUGACCUCUGAGACACUGCCAAAAGCCUGUGACAAUCGUGGUGGGGGUCCUGGUGCAAAAUUUGGAGCAAACAUGAAGUUUUAGAAGCUCCUUCUCAUCAGAAGCAUCCUGUUUGCUGUCCUGUUCUGGAAAUCCUCCUCAAGAAUCUUGCUUCUUUCUCUGAUAUUUACAAUGGGAAUUACACUCCCUAUUCUCACAGUACGAGGUGCUUCCUUUGGUUCCUCUGAGCAUUUGACAACUUGGCUUUCCUUAAGUGCUGGCUGUAACUACCCACUGGCUGCUUUGGGUGCAGCAGGGCAGAUCUCUGGCCUCUGAGUUCCUCUUACCUAAAGUGACACUGGCUACGACUGAUUUCCUCUCCAUUGGGCUAAAUGGAAGAUUCCACGGGUUGUCAAGGUGUGAGGUGGAAAUUCAUGACCUCAGGGAUACUCAUUCUAAAGUCAGGCAUCUCUUGCUGUGCAACAUUCCACCACGGGAGAGGGCAGGACAGAAGUGCCCUCUGUCUGUGGACAGGAAGCAUCUCAUUGGCCUAAGUACUAAAGAGUUUGGCAGUAGCAGUUUUUUGACAUGUCCAGAAAGUCUCUGGUUAGAAUUUGCCCAGGAUCUAAGGUGCAAAGUCCAAUAAGCAACUGAAUUUAGAGUUUAGAAAUGAAUGUCUUUAUUCUAUUUCUGUGGUUUUCAGAUUAUUUUAGCAGCAACUCUGGUUGCAGUAAGAAAUCUUGAUGGAGCCCUAAUGUGUGAAAUAGGUUGUAUUAGCUUAAAUUCACAUUGAGGUUAAACUUACAGUAUUUCCUGAGUAAUAUAUAAGGCAGUGCAAAUGCAAAUUAAAUGGGUGGCCUCCAAGGUAGAAAAAUUUGAUAUUGAAUGAGUGUGUAUGUAGCUUUAUUAUAGUUAAAAAAAAAAAGAUUUGAAUUAAAUGCUUAUGGAACCUCUAAUGUAUCUCUCUGAGGCCUAGGUGGCUCGUGGAAGAGAAUUGGAAAACUGAUGUUAAGUUGUUUGGGUUUCAAGUCUAGAAUUUUUUUUUUUUGUUUUUAAAGGGAAAUGUCAGACCGCCCUUACUUCAACUUGACCCACCACGCAAGGAUUCUGUUCUCAGCUUUUACCCAUUCUGCAGUAUAAAAAUGCUCCAAGUAGGGAGCUUUGAUGUAUCUUAAGCCCAGCUCUUUUUAGUGUGGAAAAGUAAUUAAGGGGAAGCCGAGAGUGUAGGAAAUGUUUUUUGUGCGUGAGAUUUAAUUUCUGUUUUGAAAAUUCUUCAGUAAUGGGAGCACGGCCCCAGCCAUUAAGGAGGACCAUGUCUCCCCAUGAUGUGAAGGGCCUGUUCCCUGGGGGACAGCACUUCCAGCUCCCAAAGCUUUGACCUUGCCCUUCCGGAAGGUUCUCAGUGUCCUUUGGAAAUAGGGGUAACAUGUGACUGCCGGGUGGAAGGGAGUACCCUAACUCAUAAGGCUGUUUCUAACCCUCUUCGAUAAGACCAAUGACUAAGCUGAGUUUCAGAAGGAAUGCUUUAUGCUAUGAAAAACAGAACGCCUUUCUAGAGAUUGGCUUUAAAGGGAUGAGGGCUGAGAAGGAAGUGUGGAAUGGGGUAUAUCUGAAGACAAAACAUAACUACUUCUGAACAGAAAUCACUAUCGCUUGCCAGCAUGGGAUGGUCAAUCAAGGGCGUAGGACUACACUAGUCUUAUUUUAAGUUAGGUUUAUGGCAUCAUUCAUAUUUAUAUUUACAUUUAUAUUUAUAUUGCUUUUAUAUAUAGCACUACAUGCUUUUUAAAGAAAAUGGGGAUAUUACAGAAAAGUUGAAGAAAAAAUAAUCUAUUUCUAUAGCUCAAGGACAACCAUUGUUAAUAUAUUUUGGUUUAUUUCCUUGUCUCUCCCCCCCAGUAUCGUUGUAAAUAGGUAUCUUUUAGAGCUGACAGUUGAUCUGGUAGCUUAAAUGGAAUAUAAAUACCAGUUGUACAUUUCUCAUGAAGAGCUGUUUUUGGAAUAUACUAGAGUUAGCUAUACACUGAGUGUUCAUCACUGGAUUCUAAGACUUACUACUGAGUCUUCCCUUUUAAUGAGCCUCACGUGAAUGGGCCCUAAGACAUAAUGAACUGAAUUCUAUUUUUUUGAUCUGCUUCUGCACUUAGAUGUUAAAGAUAUGGUUCUACAGGUUUUGAUGUUUUCAGAUUUUUAAAAAAGUGAAUAGCUUAUUUCAUUAAUUGAUGUGCAAUCAAGAAUCUUUUCUCCCCCCCUCCCGAUAAUUCAGGGAAGUGGCGAUUUGACAUUUAGGAGUUAGGUCAUGGCUGUUACUCAGCAUGGCCUAUUAGAUACUUGGUUAGAAUUUGCCUAAAAUCAAUACCCAGCAGGAACUGGAUUUAGGAUAUUAGAAAACAAUGUUACCAAGUGAUCAUUUAAGUCAAUGAUUCUUGUUUUAUAGAGUUUGAUGAUUUUCAGAAAAAACAUUGUCUCCCCUUUAUUGUAAUAGAAAACAAGCUCUUCAGUGAAUAUAUUUAAGGUGCUUGGGGAUGAGCUAUCUGAAUCUAUUUGGUAAUAGGCCACACUUUGGGGGACCUCUGUGCCUGUCCCUCUGAAGAGUGCUUAAAAACAUUCAUUAUGGAUCAGAGGCGUUCUGUUGAGGGACUAAGCCUGAUGGUCGUCAAGCACAGGCUUUCCCAUCACCUAUUCUCCUUGCUGCAUUUCUCAGGUGUGUAAAACCUUCUCACUAGUUCGCCAUGCUUACCCGAGCUGGUGCCCUGUUGGAGGCGCCAGGACCGGGAUUUGAGCCUUCCCUGGGGCUGACGUGGGACCAUCUUGGGGGACAGGUGAGGGCUGAUUGCUGGGCCGGGCCCCUCUCAUGGUUCCUUCUCCCCAAGUGAACUGGGAACCUUGGCUGGCCAGCUCUUCAGCGGGCGCUGCUGGUCUAGCUGGUCAAAGACAUCUCCGGCCAGGCUGGGAUUCUCAAUGGAUUUUUUUCAACAGACGUCAUUCUCCUACAGACUUUUUUAAUGGCCCCUACUCUAAGGGAUUAGUUGUUUGAAUUAUAUCUUUCCUUAUAUGUUACACCAGAUUUAAGACUAUUUUGUAACCACAAUAUGUAGUCAGAGCACAGAGUGUUUUCAGACAUGCCUUGUUUUGUACUUUGUACAGGGUGUGCCGUGUAAGGGUGGUGCCCACUGGCUGUGGUAGCGUUUAAUCUCCAUUGCCAUGGGAGUGAUUUAAGGCCUUUAGAAUUGUAGCUUUUGCACUUUAUGCUCUUUUUGUGAACUGACCGUGAUAGCUACCUUUGAUAUUAAAGCCAUAAGUGGCAUUUUCUGUGAA